UUUCCUUCAGGAAAGGGAGGUAAAAACCGACGAAGAGGAAAGAAUGAAAACGAAUCGGAGAAACGCGAACUCGUGUUUAAGGAAGAUGGCCAAGGUGCGUGAUAAUAAGUUUGUCUUCCUGGUGAUCUCAAAGUUUCCUCAUAGUAAUAUUCCUCUUCUUAAUCAUCUUCUCUUUUAAGAGUAUGGCCAAGUUUUGAAGAUGUUAGGGAACGGAAGGCUGGAAGCGAUGUGUUUCGAUGGCAUCAAACGGCUUUGUCACAUUCGUGGAAAACUUCGGAAAAAGGUUUGUUAAAAUCAGGCCAAGUUUAGUACUCUUUGGUAUGCUCUGAUGUCUGUCCAAUACACACUAGUUGCUAUCCAUCAUAUAUAACGUAGGUCUUGUACAAGUAUACUAAGGGUUACUCAGAAACAUUAAUGUCGAAAAAUUAUAGUGUACUUUCGAUUUUUAAAUAAGCUUAAUAUUGUGUGGUUUAAGCUUAAUUUUAUCUUGGUUUACACUUUCCGUUUUUUGGCUAUAGUAGUGUCUGACAACGAAUUUAAAGCAAAGAAAAAUGUUAUUUAAUUCCGGGAUAAAACUGAGCCACAACAUGUGCAGCACCUUAUGUAGUUUAUGAUUAUAACCCCUCAUAUACAGUUAAUAUAUAUUACAUUCAAAAAGGUUGACGUAUUGGAAAUACAUAUAUUGUUUGUUUUUUCUUUUGUUUCGCAGAAAAAAAACAGAGAAAUAUAUAUUUUAUAUUUCUUAAAUGUCGACCUUUAUGAAAAAACAGAGAUUCCAACCCUCCUGAUUUCACAUGUUGCCUUCGGCUCUCCUGAUUUGUAUUAGAUUCUCCUGAUUUAUUCUGAAAACAAGGAAGACAAUUGCUUAUCUUACGUAUUUUUUUGUGAUGUGAGUGUGAAACCUUAUGUAUUACACUUUCCUAUCCUAUAAUGUCCCAACAAGUCUCUCCAUUGAACAUCACUAUAGUGUCAAAAAUGCAGCAAAUGCUGCUUGAGAUAAAUUAAAUUUGCCAAAUUUCCUGGUGGAGCAUACCCCAGAUCCCCUCUGGAGGCUCACACCUAAGGUGCUUGUGUGAGUGCCUUCAGUGCUAAAAAUACUCCCUAUUUUCCUUGAAAAGGGGUUGGAAUCUCUGGAAAAACAAUUGCAGGGCAAUAUCCAGCCAUCUUGACUGAAAAGGUUGGUCAAUAAAGAAUUAACCAUAUUUCCAGCAAACUUUUUCUUGUGGAACCAAUGUGGGAAAUUCCCACCGCAAGACAGGCCUUUCUUACCUACUUGGAGAGCCAAUCAGAACUCAAGAUUUGCUUUAUCUUGCCCAUUUGCAGAUUCAGCCUUACAAUAAUGGAUUUUAUAAUGUCUGAUUUGAAAGACUGUUUUGGAAACCUUGUUACUGAUUAAAUGCCUUUAGAAAGAAUGACAGAUUGCUUCUCUGCUGGCUGUUCAUGCUUUAAGUUGAGGCCCUCUGUUAGAAAAAAAUUUUGUCAAGUGACAUAGCCUUGGAACAGAGACAUAAGACAAGAUGAAAAGGCUACAAACAGAAUUAAGAUGGGUUAAAUACCAACAGGGACAUGGUGUAUGCACUCCUUAAAAUGCAAAACAACCGUAUUUGAAAUUCAGACUAGCGACCUACUGUAGGUGCUCACCCUCCCUCCCCAUCCUCCUGAAAGGGCCUUGUCCAUGGGUCCACUCUGUUAGGGUCAAUAUAAAUGCAAAAAUGAAUGAGGCCAAUAUCCAGCCAUCUUGACUGCAACUGCUUGGUCAAUAAAGGUUUUUUUUUAUUUCCAACAAGAAAACUGGGUGUUCAUAGCGUGGAAAUUACUCAAAGCUCACCAUUUUAUAGUGGUGUGGGUUCUGUCUGAUGUUAAUAUUUCGUAUUAUGUCAUUAGUGCAUCAUCUGCAACACCAAGAAACUGCUGUUGUCCUACUUAAAAAACAUGAACGUAAUAUACAUGCUCUACUGGCUUGUCCACUGCUAUGUUAAUGGUUAAGUGUUUCAGGCUAUGCGGGGCUGUGCGCUAGCAGAGCCCUGUGGCCCCUGGCGCCUAACUUUUGCCCUUGGGCAAUUAGAAGGAUCUCAUACUUUUCAUACAAAUCAUAUGCUGGGCACCCUAGAUUUUACAGUUUCAGAGCACUGGGCUCCCUUCAAUUUUCCUUCAAGCACAGCCUUGCUAUUUGAUUGGCAAUUUCUCGCAAUAUCUUUUGAUUUUUUAUUUCUGUCGGGACUCCCAAGUCCUUGAGUGUUUGUUGGUGCCCUCUAAGAAAAAAACAAUAGAAAGGGCUUGAAAAAAGUCCCGUCUGGUUGUCUAGGACAGGUAGAUUUUCAUGUUAGGCAUGUACAUCGUAACUCUUUAACUUGACCGAUGGGCUAGGAUUCAGGCAAGUCAUGAUUGUCUAUGAUUGUAUGCCUUGCUGAACUACUACUGAACUGGACACACUAGACAAUGUUUUAACUGUCAACUCUCUUUUAAUGGCACCUCUCUAAGAUGGACACCUGGUGUUGGUCCCUGCUGUUUUUCAGUCAUUUCAGUGUAAAUAUACUCUCUAUAAGUCUAACACCUCUCUAAGAUAGACCACGGACACUUUUGAAACUGUCAGCGGCCACUACAAGUGGUUUAUGAAGUAAAAAUACCACAUAGGGUACAUGUAACAGAAAUGUAGGUGCUCUACAUAACAGUAAAUUGCAAUUAGAAGAAGGAAAUUGAAUGAGAAAAUGAUUCAACUUUCAUAUUACAUACUUGUUCCAGUUCUCACUGUUUUGCACAAGUUAAACAGGUAUGUAAGCAUUUCAAAUAGGUUCAACUUUAUUCUCUUAUAUUAUUACUGGUAUCACGUCACCUUGAUUCUUGAUAAGCCAAACAACCCUCUAAGAUGGACAGUCAGGGCCAGUCCUGAAGGUGUCAGUCUUUGAGAGAGUUUAUUGUAUUACAUAUUUAGAACUUAAGUAAGUUAUGCAAGUUGGCCUGGCAGAUUUUUUGGACACCUACAGCAGCGGUAUCGUUCAGGACCUCACUCACUCAGUCAAUGAUUGUAAUAUUCAUAUGAAAUCAUUCUGAUUUUUUUGCCUUAGGUUUGGAUCAAUCAAGGUGAUAUUAUUCUGUUAGGACUUCGAGACUAUCAGGUAUUGAUUACAGAUGAUACCAGGCUUAUUUUUUGGUUAAAAGAUUUUUGUGAUAAAUAGUAGGGAGCUUAAGAUGUCACAAUGACAAUGACAAUGAGAACAUCAAAAUGUUAUAGGUAUAAGUCGGUUGGGCAUGAUCAGGACUGUUUUGUGACAGUGACUGACAUUUCGACAACCUGUGCAGUAGUCAUCUUCAGAGUCAAAGUGAGAUGUAUCACAUCAGUUGUUGGUAAAGUCUGGCUGUUGACCUGAUUGGUCAAUUAAGUCGCAAUGUUAUUGGUUCUCUGUCAGUUAAGCCAUGAUGUUAUUGGCUAUGAAGACUGUAAAUGUCAUUGCUGUGUUUUGAUCUGUCUAUUGUCACAGUUAAACAGUCAUUAAUAUAUUGUUAGUCCAAUUGUCGGUUGUCCAGUCCUUCUUUUGUGGUUAGGUCAGGUCCUGAUGAUAAUGCUCAACCUACUUAUUAAAAUGACUCCUGGGUUCAAACCUUUCACAGGUUUGGGUAAGAAAGGCAAGAACUUGGCAUGUGCAGUGCUCACAUUUUUGUUUAUUUCUUUGCCGUUACAGCACAACUACCAAAUGGAAUUGCUUAUUUUUCCAAAUCUGGCAUACUUGUAAACCCUGUAGUGAAAUCUCAUUGUACCACAGAAAGCCUCAUGUAUGUAACUCAGGGCCCACAUCUAUAUAUACCAGUAAUUUGUGUGUUGUUUUGUUGUGAUCACCAGGACGGUAAAGCGGAUGUUAUUUUGCGAUACAAUCCUGAUGAAGCCAGAAAUUUAAAGGCAUAUGGUGAACUCCCAGAUAAUGGUACAGUGCAUUCAAUAGCUGUUGAAAAAUAUUUUUCUAUAUAA